CAGAAAAUAUAAUAGCAACAGUUAAGUUAAUAGCAACAUCUAUUAGCUAAUAGCUUUUAGUUGAUUUCAUCGUUUCUCUAUUAGUGUUAUUCGAUCAAGUGCUUACCCGGAUGAGUGAAUAAGUUUUUGAAACAUUAGGAAUAGUGAAAUUAAAAACCUCUCAACAAUUGGAGAUUGCUUUCUUUAUGAAGAUUGGAUUUUCAAGUGUGAUUUAUGUGAAAAAAUUAAUGUUUCAUCGAAAUAAUUAAUUUUGGUUAACCAUCGUAUCGUUACAUUCCCUUUGUACUCUUGUCUAUCUGAUUGGCGCCUUUUUGUGUAACUCUAAUAAGCUAAGAGAUUCAGUGAGCCUUAAAGCUUUAGGUUUCAAUUGGUUGCAUUAGGUUCUUGGGUUUGUUAUAAAACCUCUCUUUUUAAUUUUCAUCAUUUUAAUCAACAUAACCUUUGGCAUUUUAACAUUGUUUACCAACAUCUUCUAGUUAAUUGGGAUCAACUGUAACUGGAUUUUCUUUGCUUUAAAGGGAGAUCAGUGUUGCUUCUUUCAUUUUAACUUGGCCGGUUGAAGGCCUUACCUUUUAAUAUUUACAAUAAUCACUUUUAAGUGUUGAAGUUGGAUUGCAUGAUGUUAUCCCAAUUCAACUAUGAAUGACAAAAUGUCAACUUUAGGCUCUUUUGGUCGGGUUAAAAAGUCAAACCCACAUCGAUUUGAUAUAAAAAAGCUUGAACCAAAAGAAAGUACAUUAAUCGACUUCAGCACUCAAAAUCAAAAUGCUUCAGGAAAGCAAACAUUGGUUACUGCUUCUGAGAUCAGAGCCCAGAAGCAAGAUAACUUAGUGCCUAGUUUUACUCAUAACUCGUCUAAUGAUGUGAACCAUGUUGAAUCUUUGGAUAUCGAAAAAUUGUGUUCUCUUGAAUCAUGGAACUUACCACCUUCUAUGAUUCGCUAUUAUAGAAGUAAAGGAAUUAAUUGUUUAUUCAGAUGGCAGGUUGAAUGUCUUACUAAGCCCGGUGUUAUUGAAGGUGGAAAUUUGGUAUUUUCUGCUCCAACCUCUGCCGGUAAAACAAUUGUCUCUGACAUAUUGAUGAUGAAGAAAGUUAUAGAACACAGAAAAAAAGCGAUUGUUAUUUUACCUUUUGUGUCUGUCAGUCGAGAACGCGUAAUCGGGCUCAAAAGUAUGCUUAGAUCAACGAAGAUCCGUGUUGGAGGUUUUAUGGGGAAUCAACAUACACCUGGAGGUUUAGCUGCUUGCUCAAUUGCUGUUUGUACAAUCGAAAAGGCCAACAACUUUAUUAAUAAAUUGAUUGAGGAGAAUAAUAUAGAAAUCAUUGGAUCAGUCAUUGUUGACGAACUUCAUAUGCUUGGUGAUUCUAGUCGAGGAUUUUAUUUAGAACUUUUACUUGCUAAAUUAUUAUAUCUAUCAAGAAAGAAAAAUAAACAUAUCCAGAUUGUUGGCAUGAGUGCCACAGUACCCAACUUAAAUGACAUAGCAACAUGGUUAGAUGCAAAGUUAUAUAUUACAAACUUCCGUCCGAUUCCAUUGGUAGAAAAAGUUCAAUUUGGUGAUAAAAUUUAUGUUGCACCAGAAUUGACAGAAUCGCAUGGCCUUCCACCAACUUAUGGGUUCGAUAUGAUGGCUGACAAGAAAACAUUACGAGAUAAAUCAUUAUUCCUUGUUCUUGAAACUGUUUUAGAUGGAAAUGGUGUUUUAAUGUUCUGUCCAACUAAACUGAAGUGUGAAACUACCGCUCGUGAUUUUGCUAUGUUAUUGGCAGCAAUUAAUCGCAGUUAUGAUGAAAGUAUCAAAUCAAAAUUAUCUGAAGUUAUAAAGAAAGAUGCUGCAAUAAACUUAGUUUCGCAAUUGUCUCGUACCCAAGUUGCAGCAGAGCCAUUGUUAGCUAAAAUUGUGCCAUAUGGAGUUGCUUAUCAUCAUGCAGGAUUGUCCCAAGAAGAGAGAGAAAUAAUUGAAGAUGGAUUUCGUCGAGGGAUAAUUAAAGCACUAAUGGCAACUUCAACAUUGUCAGCUGGGGUUAAUUUACCUGCACGUCGAGUUGUCAUUGCAUCACCAAAGUUUAUGAAUAACAUGAUGGAUAUAAUGACUUAUAAACAAAUGGUUGGUAGAGCAGGAAGAAAAGGAAUCGAUGAUAGAGGAGAAAGUAUCUUAAUGUGUACUCCUGAUGAAGAGGAAAUUGGUAGAAAGUUGGUCACAUGUGCCUUAAGAGAAAUUAAUUCAAAUUUAAUGAAAAUAACUAUUUCUGCUCAAAUCGGCAAUAGUCCAUCAUCUGAAACAUUCUCCAUGACUGAAAGUCUUAAACGUGCCAUUCUCGAGGCCAUCGCUAGUGAAAUGACAAUCACUUUUGAUGACAUCAGUGACUACCUUAAUUCAACUUAUUUUGCAUCUUUAAGACCGAUGCCAUUUGAACUUGUCAAUGAAGUGCUGAACUAUCUUGUGGAUCACAAAUUUGUGCGUUUCUCUAAUAGCUCUCACUAUGAAUCAUCUAAAUUAGGAAAAGCUGUUCUGGCAUCAUCGAUUAAUCCUCAGCAAGCUCUUUAUUAUGUCCAAGAAUUGGAAAAAGCUCGAAAAGCUUUCGUGUUAAAUAGUGAUUUACACAUCUUAUUUGAAGUUACUUUACCUUUAGGUGAUAAAGAAAGAAUAGAUUGGAAAAAAUAUUACAACAUAUUUAUUGAUUUAGAUGAAGAGACUCUAAAAGUUUCUGAAAUUGUUGGUGUAAAUGCUCGUUUCAUACAGAAAAAAUCUAUAUCCUCUACUUACACAUUCGACGCAAUUACCAAGCUACACAUAAGAUUCUAUUUUGCUCUUGCUUUAGCUGAACUUGUGAAAGAAACGCCAUUAAGACAAGUAGCAGAGAAAUUUGGAAUUCCUCGCGGAGAGCUCCAAGCAGUUCAACAAAGUGCCGCAACAUUCGCUGGUAUAAUCACUAUGUUUUGCCAGAAACUAGGCUACAACAAUCUCGAAUUAAUCAUUGGGCAAUAUCAAGAUCGGCUUCAAUUCGGUAUUCAGCGCGAGUUAGUCGAUUUGAUGCGAAUAUCAACAAUAACUGUAGAUAUUGCACGAUUCCUCUAUCAAUCUGGUUAUUCAACUGUAAUUUCAUUAGCAAGAAGUGAUAUUCUUGCAAUUGAACGGCUUCUCACCAAUGCCGGCCCUUUUCGUAUGACUUCUGAAUCUACUGAAACUCAGCGUAAACUUUGGAUUGGAGGUGUGUGUCGUUAUGUUAACAACCAUGAAUUAGCUAAGCUUAUUAUCGAGGAAUCCAGAAAUAUUAUUGAAGGAGAUCUUGGCUAUAAAAUUGGCUGGGAUCAAGACGAGGAUAUGGAAAGUCAUGAUCUAAUGAUUGACGAUAAUUCACAAAAGAGUAAAAAAAGUGAUAAAAGUAAAAGUAAAUCUUUUAAGAAGAAAAAAUCCGUUUUGUCCCGUUCAAAAUCACUAAAAAUGACUAAAGCAAAAGUAAUCAAAAAUCGUUCAAUCAAGCAAUUUCAGAAAAUGAUACAGCGUGAUAAUUUACUUGCAAAUGUGAUACACAAAAAGGCAGAUAGAUCUCAAGAAAAUUGUAGUUCUACGGUUGAUGCAAAGCCUAGUUCUAGUAACACUUCUCAUGAAGAAGGUAGAACUCUUCUUUCCGUUGGAUCACCCGAAUUGUCUAAUGUAAGGUCAAGUCCAGUCCUUCAACCAAGUGACUCCGAAACUAAUGAAAAACCAAUGAAAAGAACUACAAGUCCUGUUGGUGAUUUACUUACUGAAGAAGCCAAGAUCAAGAGAAUUGACCAAGAACUGUUUAACAAUGAUCCAUCGCCUCAGCACCUUGGUCAAAUCGCUGAUGAUGUGCCAAAUAGUUCACGUAGAGCCUCCAAUGAACACUUGAAUCAGUCUUUUAAAGCACCUUAUAUUGAAGAUCUCGAUGAUACAAUCUCAAUGGAGAAAUUUUUCAUUUCUUUAGAAGCUGAUGUCAAGACGUUUUCAUUCUUUAUUGAACUUGAGCAUUAUAAAGCUCCAAUACAAGAGAUAAAUUUCAACAGAUCAAUAUCAGAACCAGAUGUCGAUGGACUGGAAUUGUCUUACAACAAACUUUUUCACCUUACCAAAGUUGCUAUAAGUUUAGAUGGACGCAAAGUUUUCAGCGUAGAAGGCAAAACGAUGUUAGCAACAUUCGCCACUAAAAUGUCUUUAUUUAUAAAAUCAUUGACUCAACCAGUGACUAUUGUUGUGUUUAAUCUUUAUUCUGCUUACAAAGUCUUCCGAAAAUGUUUUAAUCUAUCAAGACCUGAACUCCAGAAUAUUGUCUGGUGGGACUUAAAAGUAGCUAAAUGGCUAUUUGAUCCAGAAAAUGCUGAACCCAGUAGCUGCUUAGCUUUGUUUUGCUGUCAAGAGAAUGUUGUUCUACAAAAAAUUUUGCAGCGAUCUGACUCUUUCGAUGAAAUUUGCUACUCUGCCGCUAAUUCACUCAGUUUACAGGAAAUUUAUGCUGAUAAAAUUGCCUCAAUGAAUUUAACUACAUACUUUGAUCAAAUUGAAAUGAAAGUAAUCACAAUUCUAUCUGAGAUGGAAUUAACUGGAUUCGGAGUGAAUAAGAAACAAUUAAAUGCUGAAUCAAACAUCUGGGCAAUCCUUAAAGACAAAAUUCAUAGUUUGGGCCAAAAGCGAAUCGAUGGUGAAGAUUAUAAUAUUGACAGUCUUUCAGAACUAUCACAUAUACUUUAUCGAAAGCUCAAUCUUCUCUCUUAUUUAACCAGUGAAGCGCAACCACGUAGAGCUAUUAGUUCAGCUAUUGUAUCACGAAAACUACCCGAUCAUUUGAAGACGAACAAAAAAAUUUUGAAAAAACUUGCUGAAUUUGAUGUUUUUCCUAAAUAUGUUCUUUAUGAACGUCAACUUUCAUAUGUUAUUGAAUGUUCAAACAAUAUCAUUGCAGCUGUUAGACCUGAUUUAAAUGAAAAAAUAUCUCUACCGAGAGUUUCAGGAAACUGCCAACACUGGACAGUAACAGGCCGAAUACAAUUGAUUGAACCAAAUCUACUUGCUCUAUCUAAACCAUUUACGAUAGAAUUGGAUGAUGAAAAAGUCCAAGUCAACAUUCGCAAAAACUUUGAAGCCAAAGAAAAUUACUCUUUACUGUCAGCUGAUUUUAGUCAAUUAGAGCUGCGGAUAUUAGCCCAUUUUUCUAAAGAUAAAUUACUGUUGGAAGCUCUAAAUGGAGGUGAAGAUGUUUUUAAAACCAUAGCUAGUCAAUUGUACGUAAAACCUCUCCAAGAAGUAGAUGAAGGAGAGCGAUCAAAUGCUAAACGAAUUUGCUAUGGAAUUAUUUAUGGAAUGGGCUCAAGAGAAUUAGGCCAUCAAUUGGAAAUAACUGAAACUGAAGCCACCGAAUUCAAAAAAAAUUUCUUGGAUACUUACCCAAGUCUGAAAGAAUUUAUCGAUGUUUGCAAAAUUGAUUUCGAGAAAAAGGGUUUUGUUAAAACAUUAAAUGGACGAAAACGUUUUAUAAUACCUGAAGAAAAGCCUCGUUAUGCCGAAAUCAGUAAACAAGGAAGACAAGCUUUAAACACUAAAAUCCAAGGAUCAGCUGCUGAUAUAACCAAAAUGGCAAUUGUUAAAAUUGAUAAAGAACUAACCAGUCGGCAAUUGGAUGCAUCAUUGAUUCUUCAAAUUCACGAUGAGUUAAUCUUUGAAAUUGAAGAUUCACAGAUUGAUCGCUGUGCUCGUAUAAUCAAGGGUUGUAUGGAAAAGUGCGCGAAAUAUCUAACCGUUAAAAUGCCUGUAAAUAUCAAGAUUGGAAAAAAUUGGGGAAAUCUUGUCCCUAAAACCUUCGAAAAAAAGAUCCCAUCAACUUUAUCACACUCUCAUCAAACAAUCAAUUAUCUUUUGACUCGUUGUCGUUGAAUUAAACUUUAAUCAACUAUAAUAUGCAAAAAAA